CGAGGAGCUCGAGAUGGGCGGCAGCGAGGACGAGGACGACGAGGACGACGAGGAGGCGCUGCAGAGCGGCAACCUCGAGGACUUGCGGCAGGUCGAGAAGCGCAUGCGUACGGCGGCGAGGGUUCUGUCGCACUGGAAGGAGCUCGGCCCCGCAACUGGCAGGUCCCGUUCCGACCUCGUCGAGCAGCUCAUCGCAGACAUCUGCCAGUACCACGGCUACACGCCGUUCCUCGCCGAGAAGCUCUUUGAGAUCUUCGGCGUCGAGGAGGCCCUCGACUUCUUCACGGCGUCCGACACGCCUCGUCCGCUCACGAUCCGCGUCAACACGCUCAAGACCCGUCGUCGUGACCUCGCGCAGGCCCUCAUCAACCGCGGCGUCAACCUCGAGCCGCUCGAGGGCGGCUGGUCCAAGGUCGGCCUCCAGGUCUUCUCUGGCUCGUCGGUCCCGAUCGGCGCCACGCCCGAGUACCUCGCCGGCCACUACAUCCUCCAGGCGGCCUCGUCGUUCCUCCCCGUCAUGGCCAUGGACCCGCAGCCGCACGAGCGCUGCCUCGACAUGUCGGCCGCGCCGGGCGGCAAGACGACCUACAUCUCGGCGCUCAUGGGCAACACGGGCGAGGUUUGGGCCAACGACUCGUCGCGCGGUCGCAUCAAGGGUCUCGGCGGCAACGUCGCCCGUCUCGGGUGCCGCAACGUCAUCAUCACCAACGUCGACGGCCGCGAGUUCCCCAAGGUCAUGGGCGGGUUCGACCGCGUCCUCCUCGACGCGCCGUGCUCGGGCUCGGGCGUCAUCUCGAAGGACCCGAGCGUCAAGGUCAACAAGACCGAGCGCGACUUUAUGCUUCUCGGGCACCUCCAGAAGCAGCUCCUCCUGUGCGCCAUCGACUCGGUCAAGACGGGCGGCACCGUCGUGUACUCGACCUGCUCGGUGACGACCGAGGAGAACGAGGCCGUCGUCUCGUACGCGCUCCGCAAGCGGUCGCACAUCAAGCUCGUCGACACCGGCCUGCCGUUCGGCAAGGAGGGCUUCAAGAGCUUCCGCGGCAAGCAGUUCGGCAAGGGCAUCGAGCUCACGCGCCGGUUCUACCCGCACGUCCAGAACGUCGACGGCUUCUACGUCGCCAAGUUCGCCAUUCUCGCCAAGGAGAAGAAGGCUCCCGAGGCGCUCGAGCCGACCCUCCCGUACGAGACGCUCCCGAUCAACGAGGACGAGGAGGAGGCCGCGGCAGCAGCAGCAGACGACGGCCCGACGUUCGACAACGACGAGGACGAGAAGCUCAUCGAGGAGACGAAGAAGCGGCAGUUCAAGAAGAAGGGCCUCAACCCUCGCGCCGACAAGGGCAAGGCGGGCGCCAAGGCCAAGCAGGUGGACGAGUAGAGGAGGUUGGGCGAGUUGGACACGUAGCAGAGCGGCGUCGUGCUUGUUGUAUUGCGAGAUGCGCGUCGAGGACGGCGCUCGGGCCCCUCGCCCCGGACUU